AGCUGCUGUCCAGGCUUCUUCCAGCCAUUCUCGUCCAACCAAAAGUCUUGGCGCCCUGGGUCACGCCAGGAAGGUCAGCAAAUCUCUGCUCACGUUCCUUCGUCUGUAAUGUGAGUGGGUUACUUAAGAACCACAGGAUUCUUAUUAAGGAUCGGAAACAUACAAUGAAAAAAACUUUUCUUGCACAGUUGCUUUAGAACUGGAAGAGAUUUAGAAAUCACCUUGUCCCACCCCCUCUCGUUUUCAUAGAGGAAACUGGACCCAAAGAGAUUAAAUUACUUCCCAAGAUGACUAGUGAGUCGGUGGGAAGGUCAGGAUUUGGACUUGGCCUCCUGACUUCUAGGGCGUUGUGAUUAUUUUUUCUGAAGCUCCCGGAAAUCUAGGCUGUAUGUCCUUGCACCUGGAGCUCAACCUUUUGGUGACGUGUGACAUAAAGAUGGAGACAUUGGCAAAAGGUGAACUAAAGGUCGGGAGGCGGAGGCCCGGAGCGAGUCCGGGCGGGCUGCGGGCGGUGCCGCCCCCGCGAGUUUAGUGGAGCAGCCGGAGCCGGAGGACGCCGGAGCGCUAGCCGGGAGCCAAGAUGGGCCGGGGGGCUUGGCCGCCGCCGCCGCUGCUGCUGCUGACGCUACUACUGCUGCUCGUGCCGCUCGUGCAGCCGACCCGGGCCCUCGGCCCCCGCGUCAGCCUGAGGCUGGGAUCUGAAGAGCGGCCAGUCCUCAGAUUUGAAGCUCAAAAUGUCUCCAACUACACAGCCCUCCUGCUGAGCAGGGACGGUGGGACUCUGUACGUGGGUGCCCGAGAGGCCCUCUUUGCACUUAGCAGCAACUGUAGCUUCCUGCAGGGCAGGGAGUACCAGGAGUUGCAGUGGAGUGCAGAUGCAGAGAGGAAACAGCAGUGCAGCUUCAAGGGCAAGGACCCACAGCGUGACUGUCAAAACUAUGUCAAGAUCCUUCUGCCACUCAACAGCAGUCACCUGUUCACCUGCGGCACAGCAGCCUUCAGCCCCGUGUGCACCUACAUCAAUGUGGAGAAUUUCACUCUGGCAAAGGACGAGGCAGGGAAUGUCCUCCUGGAAGAUGGCAAGGGUCGUUGUCCAUUUGAUCCCAAUUUCAAGUCCACGGCCCUAGUGGUUGAUGGCGAGCUCUAUACUGGGACAGUCAGCAGCUUUCAGGGGAAUGACCCAGCCAUCUCCCGGAGCCAGAGCCUCCGGCCCACCAAGACUGAGAGCUCCCUCAACUGGCUACAAGACCCAGCCUUUGUGGCCUCAGCCUACAUUCCUGAGAGCUUGGGCAGCUUGCAAGGUGACGAUGACAAGAUCUACUUCUUCUUCAGCGAGACUGGCCAGGAGUUUGAGUUCUUUGAGAGCACCAUUGUGUCCCGUAUUGCCCGCAUCUGCAAGGGUGACGAGGGUGGAGAGCGGGUGCUGCAGCAGCGCUGGACAUCCUUCCUCAAGGCCCAGCUGCUGUGCUCCCGGCCUGACGACGGCUUCCCAUUCAAUGUGCUGCAGGACGUCUUCACGCUCAGCCCCAGCCCCCAGGACUGGCGUGACACCCUUUUCUAUGGGGUCUUCACUUCCCAGUGGCACAGGGGGACCACAGAGGGCUCUGCCAUCUGUGUCUUCACAAUGAAGGAUGUGCAGAGGGUCUUCAAUGGCCUCUACAAGGAGGUGAAUCGUGAGACACAGCAGUGGUACACUGUGACCCACCCGGCACCUAUACCCCGGCCCGGUGCGUGCAUCACCAACAGUGUCCGGGAAAGGAAGAUCAACUCAUCUCUGCAGCUCCCAGACCGCGUGCUGAACUUUCUCAAGGACCACUUCCUGAUGGACGGGCAGGUCCGCAGCCACCUGCUACUGCUUCAACUGCAGGCCCGCUACCAGCGCAUAGCCGUACAUCGUGUCCCUGGCCUGCACCACACCUACGAUGUCCUCUUCCUAGGCACCAGUGACGGCCGACUCCACAAGGCAGUGAGCGUGGGCCACAGGGUGCACAUUGUUGAGGAGCUCCAAAUCUUCUCACCAGGACAGCCUGUGCAGAACCUGCUCCUGGACACCCACAGGGGCCUGCUGUAUGCUGCCUCAUACUCAGGUGUGGUCCAGGUGCCUGUGGCCAACUGCAGCCUGUACCAAAGCUGUGGGGAUUGCCUCCUCGCCCGUGACCCCUACUGUGCGUGGGGUGGCUCCAGCUGCCGGCAUGUCAGCCUCUACCAGCCUGAGCUGGCCUCUAGGCCAUGGAUCCAGGACAUCGAGGGAGCCAAUGCCAAGAGCCUCUGCAACACCUCCCUGGUUAGGCCUCGGUCUUUUGUACCAACAGCCGAGAAGCUUUGUGAGCAAGUCCAGUUCCAGCCCAGCACAGUGAACACCUUGGCCUGCCCUCUCCUCUCCAACCUGGCAACGAGGCUCUGGCUGCACAAUGGGGCCCCUGUCAAUGCCUCGGCAUCCUGCCGUGUGUUGCCUACUGGGGACCUGCUGCUGGUGGGCAGCCAGCAGGUGCUUGGGGAAUUCCAGUGCUGGUCGCUAGAGGAGGGCUUCCAGCAGCUAGUGGCCAGGUAUUGCCCAGAGGUGGUGGAAGACAGGGGUGAGCAAACAGGCCAGGGUGGCAGCGUGCCUGUCAUCAUCAAUACAUCUCGUGUGAGUGCGCCAGCCAGUGGCAAGGCCAGCUGGGGUGCAGACAAGUCCUACUGGAACGAGUUCCUAGUGAUGUGUGCACUGUUUGGGCUCGCCGUGGUGCUUCUCUUUUUAUUCUUCCUCUACCGGCACCGUGACAACAUGAAAGUUUUCCUAAAGCAGGGUGAGUGUGCCAGCGUGCACCCCAAAACCCGUCCUGUGGUGCUGCCACCCGAGACCCGCCCCCUCAAUGGUAUAGGCCCCCCAAGCACCCCACUCGACCACCGGGGCUAUCAGGCCCUUUCGGACAGCUCCCCAGGGCCCCGAGUCUUCACUGAAUCAGAGAAGAGGCCACUCAGCAUCCAGGACAGCUUCGUGGAGGUAUCCCCAGUGUGCCCCCGGCCCCGGGUCCGCCUGGGCUCUGAGAUCCGUGACUCUGUGGUGUGAGUGUUGACUUCUAGAGGAGGCUGCCUUGACUUUGGCUCAAAUACUCAGAGGGGUCUGCUGGACCUGCGCUUUCCCCUUUGUGGAACACAGCGUGAUGCCAGCUGGCCUGCUGCCUCUCCAGCCAAGUAGUGUGGCUCCUCCAGCCAGGCCAUUGUGGCUCAAAGGUCCUGGCUGCAGCUGGGGCCUGAUAGGGGACAGAACACUGGUCCUUAUGUAAACUGAGCCCUUUGUUUAAAAACAAUUCAAAAUGUGAAACCAGAGCGAGAAGGAAGAGAGACAGCACAGAACUCCACAUACACAGCUGCUCCAGUUCUUGGCCUCCCAACCUCAUGACACCCAGGGGUGUUGGGGGCUUAUGCAAGGUGGUGUUCAAGGCACUUGGAAACCCCUCACCAACUGGCCUCUUCCACCUUCUGUUUUAUCCUGCUGUCCUGGGCCACCCUUUCCAGCUUCAG